UUCAGUGACGUAGCGAACAGCCGCCGGGAGAAGUUUUGAAAAUAAACGUGAUACUUUUUUUUUUUUUGCUUGAACAUUUGAAUGUCAGCGUCGUUUCGUUUGCAACUUCUCGGCAAAAAAAAUAUCCUUAAACGACGAGUGGGAGUGAGAAGCAGCACGAAGAAGACGAAGCGUUUCCUCAGUAUCUGAGUGAACCUGCUGUGUGAUGUCUCAACGUCCAACCACACUCGGACUACUUCUGUCAGCGAUGUCUUCCCCGGAUGAAGAGCUGCCGGCUGGCAUGUCUGCCCUCCUGUCGUCCGCCUUGUCUGCCGCCGUGUCGGCCGCCAUGGCGGUUGCGACGUCGGUGGACGCGAAGGCGGAUCUCUCCACGCUGCUCGACGAAUGGGAGGAAGCACAGCAAGGCACCACAGAGCAGCUGGUGUCCAUCCUCACCAAAAUAUCUGAGCUGAUUGAACGGGAGACGGGAGAGUACCACAAAGCAGACCCUGAUCCGUUUGAUGACCGACAUCCAGGACGAGCAGACCCGGACUGCAUGCUGGGCCAACUCCUCAAGAUGGUCUUUAUGAAUGAUGACUUCACUAAUGCGCUGUUGGACACGUACAUAAUGACGAGCAGAGAGCUGAGCCUCAACACGGCCGCCUGCCGCCUGCUGCAGAACAUCAUGCCGGGCCUGGAGACUGCCGUCGUCUUCCAAGAGAGGGAAGGUCUGGUUGGGAGGUUGUUCUCCUGGGCUAUGGAAGCAGAGCGACCGCUGUGCGUCUUCGCCACGGGCCUGUUGGCCAGAGCCAUGAGCAACCAGGAGACAGCGGCCAGCCACAAAGAGGAGAACACUCAGCUGGUACCGCUCAUGAUUCAGCGAUUGUACGAGCUGCAAACUGAAGAGGCCAAGAGUCACUUCAGUCCCACUAAGACGGACCAGAAUCUACCUCAGGACUCUCAGGUUGGAGCCUCCCAAAGCACCUCAACAUCAGACCAGCAGGACAAGCCGGAGGAGGAAGAUAAGGAAGAAGAAGAGAGGAAAGAGAGAGACGGCGAGAGCAGCAGGACGCCGUCAAAGCCCAGUUCCAGACCGUUGCCACGGCUCUGGUCGGCCCAGAAGAACGGCUCCAGCUCCACGCAACUGCUUCCAGACUUUGUGUACCAAUCGAGCCAGGAGCCUGCGUCCAGGGAGAAGGAGGACAGGCAGGGAGGAAGAGGAGGCGGUGGAGGAGGGAAGAGACAGGCGGUAACGGAGAACGGGAGGAAGGCAAAGCAGAAACGAAACUCCUCCUGCAGGACGGAGGAGGAGGCGGAGGAGAGAAAUGACUCCAGCGAGCAGCCGUCCAGCACCUCCUGGUCUGAGAUGAGCUCCAUGGUGAUCGGCUCUGACUACCGCCUGUCACCACUGAGCCCGGCCAUGGAGCAGAGGCUCAUCCUGCAGUACCUGACGCCUCUUCUAGACUACCAGGAGCUGCUCUCAGUCUUCAUGCAGAUGGACACGCGGCCGCUGCUGAUGAACUACAUCGAUCUCAGGCAGACCAAAAAUGUCCAGCUCACCUUCGAUGCCCUCCUGUUUCUCGCCUCGCUGCUCAUCCACAAGAAGUUUGCCACAGAGUUCAUCAGUAACGGAGGAGUGCAGAAACUCCUGGAGAUCCCGAGGCCUUCUAUGGCGGCGACUGGAGUUUCCCUCUGCCUGUACUACCUGGCUUACAACCAGGACGCCAUGGAGAGGGUGUGCACGCUCCCAGACGGCGUGCUGUCGGACAUGGUGUCCUACGCUCUGUGGCUGUUGGAGUCGUCCCACGCCUCGGGCGUCUGCCACGCCACCAUGUUCUUCUCCAUCUCCUUCUCCUUCAGAGCGGUGCUGCAGCUCUUCGACCGGCAGGACGGCCUGCGCAGGCUGGUCAACGUGGUCAGCACAUUGGAGAUCCUGACGGCAGGCAGCGAGGUGUCCAUAAUGAGCGAUGACCAGGUCUUCUCCGAUAGGCAGACUGCCAGACACACCUGCAUGGCUCUGCGCAGAUAUUUUGAGGCUCACCUGGCAGUAAAAUGCGAACAGGUCAAACAGUCUCUGCACACGUCGGACGGAGGCACCAUCGUCCCCCAGCAGCCGUUUUAUAAGGCGUACACGUACACCAGAGAGCAGAUCAUUGAGAUAAUGGAGUUUCUGAUCGAGUGUGGACCUCCUCAGCUCCACUGGGAGCCAGUAGACGUUUUCUACAAGAUGUCCUGUGUCCCUUUAAUGCUGCAGCUAAUAUCUGCAGCGUGCCACUGGAGGACUUACUAUGGCAGGAGUGACAUUGUGCGUUACGCCCUGGACAUCCUGGCCAUCCUGGUGGUGGUUCCAAAGGUCCAGCUGGUGCUGGCCGACACUGUGGAGGUUACGGAUGAAACCAGUGCCGUCUUCUCCACUGUGGGUAUGAGCAUCAUCCUGGGCGUUGCUGAGGGCGAGGUGUUCGUCAACGACGCUGAGAUCCAGAAGUCCGCACUGCAGGUGAUCACAAACUGUGUGUGUGCUCCUGACCAGAGCCUGAACACUGUGGGAGCCUUCGCUGUGACGCCCCUGAGAGCCUCCCUCCACCCCCAGCCGCCCCCCGCCCCCCACAACAGAGUGCUGGCUCACAUGUGGCGAGUAGUGCAGAACAACAAUGGAAUAAAGGUGCUUCUGUCUCUGCUGUCGGUGAAGAUGCCCAUCACAGACGCAGACCUGAUCCGAGCUCUGGCCUGUAAGGCUCUGGUCGGACUCUCUCGCAGCUCAGCGAUCAGACAAAUCAUCAGCAAACUGCCACUUUUCACCAGCAGCCACAUUCAGCAGCUGAUGAAGGAGCCGGUGCUGCAGGACAAGCGCAGCGAGCACGUGCGUUUCUGCAGAUACGCCGCCGAGCUGACGGAGCGCGUGUCGGGGAAGCCGCUGCUCAUGGGGACCGACGUGUCGCUGGCUCGUCUGCAGAGGGCCAACGUGGUCGCACAGUCACGCAUCACCUUCUCUGAGAAGGAGCUCCUGGUGCUGAUCAGGAACCACCUCGUGGCCAAAGGCCUCCACGACACGGCACACACGCUGGUCAAAGAGGCGAACUUAUCCAUCACGUCCCUCUGUCCUCACUCCUCCUCCUGCGUCACCCCUCCCCCCUCCUCCUCCUCGCUGAUCCCCAGGACUUGCCGCUCAGGCGGCCCGAUCCCAGCUCGUGUUUGCGCUCAUGUCGGAUCUUCUCCCGUGGCCUCGCCGCUGCGGCCCCCCCCCUCUACUCCCUCGUCCUCCCGCUCCCACAUCGGCCCUCACCCUUCAUGCUCCUCCUCUUCCUCCCCCCUCCCCCCUCCUCAUCCUCAUCCUCAGGGCUCACAUCUGGUUGGCCGGAUUUUAUUCUCCCGGGAACGCCCGGCCGCUCAUUGCAACUCAGGGAAAAAACUUCGUGCACUGAAGCAGAAGUCGGACCACGGUGCUUUCAUACAGACUCCAGCCAUGAAGAAGCAGCUGGAGCGCCAUCUUCCUUCCCCACCGACCCUCGACAGCAUCAUCACCGAGUACCUGAGGGAGCAACACGCCCGCUGCCCCAACCCCGUCACCACCUGCCCCCCCUUCUCCCUCUUCACCCCCCACCGCUGCCCCGAGCCCAAGCAGCGGCGACAGGCGUCCACCAACUUCACCGCGCGCCUGGGCAGCCGCGUGCUCUACCCCAGGUACGGCGGCGUGGACAGAGGCUGUCUGGACAGACAUCUGAUCUUCAGCAGGUUUCGUCCGAUGUCCAUCUUCCACGAGGGUGACGGAGAUGAGAGCGGUUUCACCUGUUGUGCCUUUUCAGCCCGUGAGCGUUUCCUGAUGCUGGGGACCUGCUCCGGACACCUCAAGUUCUACAACGUCUUCUCCGGAGACGAGGAGGCCAACUACACCUGCCACACAUCAGCCAUCACACACCUCGAACCCUCCAGGGAUGGGAAACUGUUGCUGACCUCUGGCUCCUGGAGCGUCCCCCUGUCUGCCCUCUGGAGUAUGGACGGUGUCUUCAGCAUGAAGAACUCGUUUGUAGAUGAUCACUACGUGGAGUUCAGUAAACACUCUCAGGACAGAGUCAUCGGCACCAAGGACCAAGUCGCACACAUCUACGACAUCCAGACGGGCCAGAAGACUCUGACCCUGAAUGACCCGGCCCUGGCCAACAACUACAAGAGGAACUGCGCCACCUUCAACCCCACAGACGACCUGGUGCUGAAUGACGGCGUGCUGUGGGACGUGCGGGCGCCGCGGGCCAUCCACAAGUUUGACAAGUUCAACAUGAACAUCAGCGGAGUUUUCCAUCCCAACGGGCUCGAGGUCAUCGUCAACACCGAGAUUUGGGACCUGAGGACGUUCCACCUGCUACGCACCGUCCCCGCUCUGGACCAGUGCAGGCUGGUCUUCAACAGCAACGCCACCAUCAUGUACGGAGCAAUGCUCCAGGCCGAUGAUGAGGACGACGCCAUGGAUCAGCAGAUGAAGAGUCCCUUUGGUUCGUCCUUCAGAACCUUCGAUGCUACAGACUACAAGCCCAUCGCCACAGUGGACGUGAAGAGGAACAUCUUCGACCUGUGCACCGACACCAAAGACUGCUACCUGGCUGUCAUUGAGAACCAGGACACGGUCAGUCUGGACACGGUGUGUCGGCUGUACGAGGUCGGGAGACAGAAACUGGCAGAAGAGGGAGACGACAGUGAUCAGGAUGAAGACGAUCAGGACGACGAUGACUCGUCGGACACAGAUGACGACGACGAUGAUGACGACAUGGACACGGACCCGCUCAUGGAGGAGCUCGCUAAUAACGGCGAUGCGGAGAACGAGGACGGUCAGAACUCCCCCACAGAUCAGGAGAUUGCAGAUCUGCUUGCCAGUAACAGUUAUGAAAACAGUGCUGAUGAUGACUCGGCAGACUCGGACCACUCGUUUGGGACGGAUGACGGAUCCGACUCGCUUGAUGAAGCAAGUUUCUACCCGGAUCUAUCUGACGAUGAGACGGAGAUCCUGCAGGCGCUCACUGAACGAUGGCUCCCCUGACCCUCUGCUCACCAACAAACCUCAACACGGACUGUUUCCACCUUUUUAUAAAGUGUCAUUUCUCACUCAAACAGGCAAGUUGACUAUGAAUUCACUGAUAUGCGCAUCCGUGUCUCUCUAGAUAUUCUAUAUCUACGAGAGACGACAGUGACGAUGAAUAAAUAUCUUCCAAAGAUGACGGGGCUCAGAUGGAAACACUUCUGACUUUCUGCUUCUGAACAUAUUUGUUGAUGAAAAGUUGUUGUUUUUUCAUGUUUUGUCAUCAAACUGUUUUGUCUAAUGCUCACAGCUGCAUUAAUAGACCUCAAACCAGCAAGGAACAGAAACUUACUUUUUCUUUUUUUUUUUACCCGGUUUUCCCAAAAAUGAAUCAUUCAGGUUUCAUAUAAAAAUCACAAAUCUUUUUGUGAGUUUGACUGAAGGUGCAGACAACAUUUUUUUGCAGGCCUGGACAUCUCUGCAGCACCACAGUACCUAAUGCAGAACAAUAUAUAUGUUUAUGUAGCUCAUAAAGAGGCAUCAGCAUUGCAUUGAGUGUUUAAUAUCCAGUUUAACAUGCAGAAAUCUCUGGUGCAGGAGCUGCUUUUUCCACAAAAUUCAACAAACAAAAAUGCCCUUUGAAUGAAGAUAACUGAGAUGUGGCAGAGUCGCAUAAUUUUGAAUAAUUUAAGUUAUUUUUUUAAUGUAAUUUAUUUUAGCUCUUCUCGAUAGGUUCAUUUCGUUCUUGCUUCAUGCAGUCAGCCUGCACUGUUGGGUGAGCUGGCAGCAAAUUCCCAUGUGGAACAUCCAUUAAAUUAUCAGUGUGCUUUUGUUAAAAUAGAAAAAUGCUUUUAAAGAAGGACAGAGCUCUCAGUGAGUUACCGUGUCAGCAGAGUGUGGACAGAAUAUAUUUUUUGGCUUUGUAGCAGCUGGUAAUGUUGGCUGAAAGAAUUAUUCCUCUAAAUAAUGGCUAUGAAAACAGUAAAACAUGUUAAUUCAAUACUUAUAUAUAUAUAUUACAUAAUGUAGUAUAACAUUUGUCACAGAUGUUUUAUACAUUACCUUGUUAAGGUGUGAAUGUGAAAACUUUUGUUACAUUAUUAUUUAUUUCAUUGCAGUUGAAUCAUUUGGAAAAUAUUAACUCCUUUAUGAAGGAGUAAACACAGAAUUAUUUAAUUUCUUAGUAUAUUUAUCACCAUUUAAUCCCCAUAUGAGCAGGUAAACAUUUCAUUAUCAGCUGCUACAAGUUUUCAAAGUCAUAUUUUGUGUUGGAACAAUAAUUUUACCUCAUUACCUCAUCAGUGGAGCUGAACACGGCCAGUAUUUAACAGUCAUUUAAUAUCUGAGCCCACAAUAGGAUGUAACCUGUCACUUACAGUUAUUAUGAGAUUGGUUGGAAACUUCAUGCUGCUUUGAAACUGCGUCAAACAAUCUGCAACAUCGUCGCAAACCUGGAUUCUGUUUAUUAUUUCUUUCUUUUAUUUGUCUAGUCGACAACUCUGCUGCUGCUGCUGGAUAAAAACUUUAACCUGAAGGAAGUCCGGGUUUUUGUUGUUUGGGCUGUGAAUGGAGGUUUUUAUGCAGUGGUGGCUAAAUAAAAGAUUAAUAAUAAUAAUAAUAAUGAUAAUUUAAAAAAUGGGUAUUUCAUGCCACAGCAGCUUUUCAGAGGCAUAGAAUCUACAGUUUUAUAAUAGAUUGCAUUGUUUAUAAAAUCUGUUUAAAUUGUUGUAAAUGGUUCAGUUCAGUCAAUAAGUUCUACUUUAAUAAUAAAAGACUCUUUUUCCUUCUUUAA